AUGACCAUCCCGUGUACACAUCUCACGACAACAACGACAAGUGCACGAACGUCAGAAAGCCCUGCCACUACCUCACCGACGUCAAGAACGACCAGUUCUACAGAGUACCACGACUCCAAGUACAAGCUCCACCAGCAGCUCGUCCACAGGCUCUCCGACCAUCUCUCCAACUAUCUCUUCAACCAGCUCUUCCACUACAUCAUCCGUCACCUCUUCGACCACUUCUCCUACCACCUCUUCGUCCUCGACUGCUACCUCCACGGAAACCUCCACGACAACUACAACGACGCCAUCUACUACAACUACAACUACAUUAACUACGCUGUCAACAUCCACAACCACGACUACAACGACGACGACGACAAUAACAACAACCACAACCACAACCACUACGACGUUACCCACUACAACCGUGACUACGACCCCAUCCACCACCACCACCACCACCACCACAACAACAACAUCAGCACCACCAGCCGUAUCGUCAGCCUGCUCGUCGGAGCAGUUCAAUGA